GGCGGGUUGUGGUUCCGGUUCCGUCGCGGAGACACGUGAAGGUCGGGGAGCUGGUGCGGACUCCGUCUCGGCACGCGGAGCCGCGCUGGGAUGGAUUCCUCCUCGUCUUCCUCAGCGGCGGGGCUGGGCUCGGUGGACCCGCAGCUGCAGCAUUUCAUCGAGGUGGAGACUCAGAAGCAGCGCUUCCAGCAGCUGGUACACCAGAUGACGGAACUUUGCUGGGAGAAGUGCAUGGACAAGCCUGGGCCAAAGUUGGACAGUCGGGCUGAGGCCUGUUUUGUGAACUGCGUUGAGCGCUUCAUUGAUACAAGCCAAUUCAUCUUGAAUCGACUGGAACAGACCCAGAAGUCCAAGCCAGUCUUCUCAGAAAGCCUUUCUGACUGAUCUCAGCAUUACCUUUUGGAAAAGAAAGGUAGUUCAAGAAAUGAAGAGCGAUUGAUGGGAUGGUUGAAGAAAAGGCUAUGGGAGAUUCCUCCCACCUUUGUCACUCUUGGGACAUCCUGUCAUCUGAGAAGGAACAAAGACCAAUUUUGUGUGUGUGUGGGGCUUGGGGGUCAUAUGGGUAUUUGGUUGUGUUUUUUAAUGCUAAUCUUGUGAAAACAAUUGACAAAUGAAUGGAAGACUCUACUGGAUGCAUAUUACUGUAUAUGGGACUGUGCUUUUCUCCAAGUCCCAUUAACUGCUUCCUAUAAUUUUGAUAGUGGAACUGCUUUCUAUAAUUUGAUAGUGGGACCACAUGGAUAAAAUCUGUCAUUUGCGUGGACUCAUUUCAGAUUUCUGGGGAGACUGAUACACAUCUUGGUGUCUCUCAGAAAGGGCGGCAGUGGGGGAAGAGUAAUUUGGUACUUAACUAUAGGCCUCCUUAUCUAGUGUUUAAUUUAACUAUCAGUGCUGGCAAAAAAAAGGCUGUGGAAUGUUCAUACAGUACAUUUCAGCUUUCUAGAUUCUCUCUCUCCCUUAUACUGUGAUUUACUUACAUAUCUAUAUGAAGUGUGGUCUCGAGGUAGUACAGGUAGCCUGAGAGUAUAGAGGCCUUUAGUUAGAAAGGAGUCUACCCAGUGAACAUAAUUCUCAUCACUAAACUGCCACGAGGAAGAAAUUAACUUGCCCUGUAUAUCAGGGUCCAAAAAAUUCAAAGAUGUGCCUAAAUAAGCUAUAAAGACUUAGGCCAGUCAAAAACUAACAGCAGUUUCAGGUAGAGGUGCAUGCCUAAUGUAAAUCAGUGUAGGUUCCAUUUACUGCGUUCUUUUGAUCACUGAAAUAAAAGCUUCUACAAGAUUCAA